AUUACAUUUUAUAUCAGCUCAUCUUUGAACUUAUGAGUUAUGUAUUGGUUGUGUUUGAUGAAAGGUGCAGCAAGGACAGCAACACCGAGCUUCAGUUUUUUUUUUGUGAAAUCCAUUCCCACCAGCUUCCAAGUUUAGAAUCAUGAUGGAGACCGAGGUCUGGAGUCAGGUUCUUCUCUCAGUUUACAUCAUUUCCUUCCUGAUAGGCCUGCCAGCCAACCUCCUGGCUCUCUAUGCCUUCAGUGUUAAGAUCCACUCCAAGCCACUUCCAGCAGACAUCCUUCUGCUCAACCUGACCGUCUCUGACCUCCUCUUUUUGAUCAUCCUUCCUCUUAAGAUGCACGAGGCAGCUUCAGGCAUGAAAUGGAACCUGCCUGACUUCAUGUGCUCCAUCACCUCCUUCACCUUCUUCUCCACAAUCUACACCAGCUCCUUGCUACUGAUGGCAGUCAGCGUGGUUCGCUAUGUUGGGGUUGCUUACCCUUUAGUCUAUCAUCAGCUGCAGAAACCUGUGUACGCUUUAGUUACCAGUGCUGUUAUUUGGGUGAUCUCAGCAGCACACUGCAGCAUUACUUUCAUCACCACACACCAUCCAGACCUGGCCCAAAAAAAUUCCACUAUGUGCUAUGAGAACUUCACAGAUAAGCAGUUGAAGGUCCUCCUCCCAGUCCGUUUGGAGUUUUUCAUUGUGCUCUGCCUUAUACCUCUUAUGAUUUGUGUUUACUGCUACCUGCGCUGCAUCUUGAUCUUGUACAGCCGCCCCAGGAUCUCCCCAAAUCAGAAGCAGAAGGCCAUUGGAAUGGCCUUGGGGACUCUAGCUGUUUUUCUCAUUUGCGUGCUGCCGUACAACCUCUCACAUUUGGUGGGUUUCUUCCAGGGUGAGAGCCCAAAAUGGAGGUACUACACCUUGCUGCUAAGCACCUUCAACACCUGCAUCGAUCCCAUCAUCUUCUACUUUUCCUCCUCCUCGUUCCACUGCAACAGUGAAAAGUCAAUUUUCAGGAAACGUGCUCCAGGAGUACAACAGCGAGCCGCGAGUUCUGCCUAAUACCCAAAACACACAUAAAUAUACCCAGCUUCAAUGUCACUGAUGCACUGUCUGCUCAGGACAUAAUAUCAGAAUGUGCAAUGCCCUCCCCACUGCUUUAACAGUGCAGUUAUGUAAAAUAAUGUCUCACAUGUAUGUUUUAGCGACCACCGUAUAACAGAACAUCUUGUUAAGGGUUAUCUGUUCAUAUUAAAGUGGACCGGGCUGCUUUCCUUUCGAGAGUGUUAUGGAUGAUUUCAUGAUAAAACCACAGGACAUUUUUGGUGCAUGUGCAAAACAGAAAUAUUUUUGAAUGAUGAUUUGUUUAUUGUAUGCACAUCUGAGGGAAGGGAUAUCCUUUACACCCAUGUGACAUCAUUUCUUGUUGUUUUUUUUGUUGUUUUUUUUUACAUGGGCCAGUGACUCUUCUGCACUCAUGCAUUCUGUAGGCACACAUGUGGAAUAUACCUGCAAGACAAAACACAAGUCAGCACUCAGGACUGUAUAAAGUGCUUUCAAUUACCUUUCUGUAAUAUACAGACAUGCAAGCAAAAGAUAAAGGGCAAUAAGACUAUUGUAAAUUAAAUUUGGCAAGACAUAUUGCUUGAGGUUAUCUGUUGUAUAUAGAAAUCUUACUCUUGAUUGAAAAAGUGUAAAUAAAGCUUAAU